CGCAAAAUGGCACAACGAGUCACACUUCGUAAACGUCAACCUUAUAACACCAAGUCUAACCGUAGGAGGGUUGUUAAGACUCCAGGAGGUGUAUUGAGGGUACAUCAUAUCAAGAAGACUGCCUCAAGCCCAAAAUGUGGUGAUUGCGGUACCGACCUCCCUGGUAUUCCUGCUCUUCGACCUCGCAAAUAUGCCACCCUGUCCAAACGUCAAAAAACCGUCAGUAGAGCGUACGGAGGAUCUUGUUGCGCCAAGUGCGUCAAAUCACGUAUCACCCGCGCAUUUUUGAUCGAGGAGGCUACUAUCGUCAAGAAGGUUCUCAAGGCCAAGGCGGCUUCUUCGAAGAAGUAGAAGGCGAUCACGUACAUGGGCACGAUGUAUUCAUUCCACCAUUA